UUAAGUGUGGCUCUCAGCUGCCGAGGCGGAUGAUGAUGAUGGCGGAGCUGGUUCAGGGACAGGCCUCGGUGGCUCAGCCCGGAACGAAAGAUGACUUCGCAGACACGAUACGCCGGGUUCGACAGAUGGCAGCCAAGAUGGGAGGAGACCAGAUGCCCAACAUGAACAGUUCCCCUCCGGUCAUAGACCACUCCCUCUAUGGCUUUGGAGGUCAAAAACGUUCACUCGACAAUGGAGUAGGGAACCACCUUGGUGCAAUGGUACAUCAAAGGGCUCUUGCUACAGAAGACUACAAAGUGCCUGAUAAGAUGGUGGGAUUCAUCAUUGGAAAAGGAGGAGAACAGAUCUCAAGAAUUCAGCUGGAAUCGGGUUGUAAGAUCCAGAUUGCUUCAGACAGCGGAGGCAUGUUGGACAGACCCUGCACGUUGACUGGAAGCCCAGAAAACAUUGAUCAGGCCAAGAGGCUGUUGAGUGAGAUUGUGGAGCAGUGUCGGUAUGGUCCAGGCUUUCACUGUGACAUGGACGGCAGUUCGAUCCAACAGAUUCUCAUCCCUGCCAACAAAGUUGGCCUUGUCAUCGGCAAAGGAGGAGAGACCAUCAAACAACUGCAGGAGAGGACAGGAGUGCAGAUGAUAAUGAUUCAGGAUGACCCCAUGCCCACUGGAGCAGACAAGCCCCUGAGAAUCACUGGGGAUCCCCACAAAGUGCAGCAAGCUCGUGAACUUGUGGUAAAGCUCAUCCGGGACAAGGACCAAGGAGACUUCAGGGUUGGCAGGGCAGACUUUGGAUCUAAAAUGGGGGGAAGCAGCCUGGAUGUGGUUGUGCCCAGAUUUGCUGUCGGCAUCAUCAUCGGCAGGAACGGAGAAAUGAUCAAGAAGAUUCAGAAUGAUGCCGGGGUCAGGAUCCAGUUCAAACAAGAUGAUGGAGUCAGCCCUGACCGAAUUGCUCAGGUGAUGGGCCAGCCAGACCACUGCCACCACGCGGUCCACCUCAUCAAUGAACUGGUUCAAACUGCUCAGGAGCGAGAUGGAUUUGGAGGUGUAAUCGGACGUCGGGGGCGGAGUGACUGUAACAUGGGGAGCUCUGGAGGACUGCAGGAGGUGACAUAUGCGGUUCCUGCCGAUAAGUGUGGACUCGUGAUUGGCAAAGGUGGAGAAACCAUCAAGAACAUCAAAGAGCAGUCUCGUGCCCACGUGGAGCUCCAGAGAAACCCACCGCCGAACACCGACCCCAACGUGCGCAUCUUCUCCAUCCGAGGCACCCCUCAGCAGUUGGAAAAGGCCCGCCAGCUGAUCGAUGAGAGGAUUGGGGGCCCAGGAAUGGGGGGCAACAGCAGCUUCGGUAUGAAUCCCUACAACCAAGGACCAACCACUCCUCCUCAACAUGGGGCUCAGACGUUCAUGACUGGAGGAGGGUGGGGUACAACUUUUCAAAUAUGGCAGCCUCAAGGCCAACAACAACAACAACAACAGCAGCAGCAGCAACAGCAGCAGCAACAACAGCAGCAACAGCAGCAGCAGGAGCACAGUCACAAAGGAUCCCAUACGAGCCAGAUGGACUGGGAGCAGUAUUAUAAAAAGCUAGGUCAGCAAAACCAAGCCCAGAGCACUGCUCCUGAAUUCAACAAAUCCUGGGGCCAGACAGCUGGUCCUGGAUCUCAGCAGACCUCUAAUCCGGACUACAACGCCUGGGUGGAUUUCUACAGACAGCCCAUGGCCUACUUCAACCAGGGCGCGCAGCAAACACAAGCCCAGGGCCUUCAGGAUCAUUAAGAGAAGACGCCCAGGUGGAAGACUUGAAUCACUGAGAAUGAAAACAACCCUUUUUUUUUAACCGAGGGGUUCUAGAUUUGCAAUGCCUUGAAGACUUUUUUUCUUAGUGAGAAACACUAGCUGUAGAACGACUUAUAUGAUAAAGUAAUAUUUCUAAAAAUCAGGAACAGUUAUUUGUUACUAAAUGCUUGUGUACACUGUUAUUUUGAAUAGACAGUAUCUGGGAUCCCUUUUUGGACUUGAGAGAGCUGUUUCGUUUUUCUAUAUUUUCCUGUCUUUGACUCAGAUUGUACCGCCAAAACUGACCGAAGAGUUGUAACAUUUCAAAAGGCAAUAUGAUCUAUUUUUUCUAGUUUUGUUGAAAUGAAACAUGAUUAUGUGCUUAGCAGUCUUGAAUACCAUUUGUCAUAAGAGGUUUAAAAGCGUGUUAAAAUGUUUUCUUUUUACAAAAUUCAGUGAAAUGAAACUGUGAUGUUUUGUUACAGGAAAUGUAUUUUUGUUACACGGUUUAAAAACAAGGAUUAAUGUCUACCAGCGGCAAUAGUUCUGAUUUAAUUCCUGUUGUGCAUUGUAUGCUGUUUUUCAUUGUCAUUUUAUUGUACUCUGGUUUAAAAAAGGUGCAAUAUCUAAUUUCACUUUUGAAACAAAGAUGGGUUCUUUAAUAUUUUGACCGACUUUUAACUUGUAGUUUUAAGAUGUUUUUUUUUUUCAAAUUGAAAUGUCAUGGAUAAUGUUAUUACAAUUAUCUGUCAUGAUAGGAUUUAGGGGGAUGUUGCAAAUAGCUUUUUUGCCUUUGCUACCUUGUACAACUAUGUAUAUAUGCUCAUAUAUUUGACUGUUAAUUUAAAAUAUAUAUGUCUCAUAUAUAUAUAUACUUAUAUAAAAAAUAUUUUUUCCUGUGAUCAGUGUUGCAGGAAAACUGUCCCUCUUUUUCUGUUCUGUUUUCAUCCUGAAAAUGUUCAAAGAUUGUGAAUGUGUGAUUUGAAAUUUGAUGUUGCAUCUCGUUAUGAAGAAAAAUAAGUGAUAGAUUUUUGUGUAUGUUCUGUACCUGAACUAUUCAAGACUGCUAAGCCUCUGUACUUCUACCUGUGUAAUAAUUAAUAUAGUAUUUUUAUGUUUUAAGUAUUAUGAUCAAAAACUGUCUUAUUUGGUACCUCCCAGUUCACCAACGCCCCGCUAAGCCCUCGCUGUGGACUCAGUGGGGUGUUGGACUCAGUCCAAUGCUAAUAACUUUUUAAUUAAUUUUUUUAUUUCUUUGUGUGGUCUAAUAUAAAUGAUAUAAAUGAUGCGUCAUUAUGGAAAAAUGAUUCUGGUAUUAACGUCAUUUCUUAAUGAAAAGGGAUAUAAUUUCAAAAUGUCUAAUUAUGGUGGUUUUUUUCCUUUGUGUACAGUUAACCAUGUAUUAAAAACAUCCAGACUACC